AUGGGUCUUAUCCAGAGUUGCAUCAGCAAGAGAAACAACAAAGUUGAUGUAAUGUCAAAAGAAGAGGAGGAAGCCUACAGUAAGAUGGAAGAGGAGAUAAAGAAGGAACUGUUAGAAGGAGACAACAUCCAGACCAAGCCAUUGCCAUGGAUGAUGUUUUGUACAGAGCCAAAUACUAUCAAACCCAAGGCUGAUGAGGUCCCCGGUGGUAUAGUGUCGGAGGUCGUGCAGAAGAAAGGAGGCGUGGCCUUUAAUGUUGAGUACAAGUCAACUGUACCAAAGCUUCCUCCAAUCAAUGCUAAGAGAAUUCGAGUGACAGCUGAGGGCGAGGAUUAUGAGAAAUGGAAAAAUGAAAGAGACAAGCUUCUGGUUGAUAAGCACGAGAAGGCAAAGGUUCGAAGAGAACGUAUCAUCCAGCAAAAGAAGCUGUCUGCCCUGAGACCAAGGACAGCCCGGUCCAAAGACACCACUGAAACCACCCCAAAAGAUUGAACAGAAUUAAUUAACAUAAAUCGAUUAGAU